UUUAGUGUAAUACGUUCUGUACUGCACCAAGCGUACGAGAUAUGGGUGGCAACUAAUUUUCUGAUGUCACAAGAAUACAUCAAGAACAUGAGUCUCAAAUCAAUUGGGGUUUUCAUCCUGAUUUCCAACACAUUAUCCAGUGCCUUCAAUUCCACAUCGUCGGGCGACUCCCCAGUCAGCAUGGGGACUUUAUCCCGCAGAAAAAGGUACAUUACUUUCCCACCCGGAAGCAUCUUGCAGCUUGGAUAUUGUUUAGCUGUUCCGUCCCUCAUCCCUGAUGGUAUAUGGUUAUACGGAAUUACUUUUGGCACAAACUGGGAGAUUCCUACUGAUCCAAUCGGCCUAAAAUUCCCGAGAGAAGCCGAAGUGGUACAUCGCAGACACAGGCGGGAUCUGUAUCAGAAGCUACUGCCCUUGCUGAACACGAUGGGAUUGGAUGGACAGUCGUGUCUUUUGCGGGUACUGUGCGAAUCAGGUCAGCGCCAAUCUGGACCCAAAGGAUCAUUUCUAGAAGAGAUUCUUCAUGCCAUAUUCACAUUACCACGAACUAAAACGAAUUAUUUAGAGGAUGAUGAUGAUGAAGAUGACUUCGCCAAAUACGAGGCUGCGCACAGAUCAAAGGGCGACUGUACGGCUUUGUUCCCUUCUUGCCUCAAAGAUCCGGAUGCAUCCUAAUGCAGUUUCAUCACGUGACAAAAGCAACACGCCAUUACUUAUGAUAUUAAACGCUAAUGCAACAUUAUCUUAAGGCAAAUGAAUUACUACACGACUGCACUUUUGUCAAUACGUUUCAAAAUCUUUCAAGUAAAUUAACAAAAUGAUAACACAAGGAAUAUCGCAGAAACAGUAAUACAUGCCAAUAAAUAAACUGGCCUAGGAGUAAAUUCCAUGCAGGUGAAUAUAGGAAACACCACACGAAAUAAAAAUUAGUAACAGAUUUAUAAUAACCUAUAGCAACAAAUAAUUCGAAAAUGUAUCGGCUAUUUAAAUGCUAAAGAGAAUACAUUUUUGACAUGACUCUAAUUAUUAGGCGCUAAUACUGUUUAUCAUCCAAAUACUUUCCGAAAAGCUGAAGAAGGUGACAAACACAUUGAUAAUUUUGUCAUUGUGGGUAUGAAAAGUUGUCUCUUAGCUUGAGUGAAGACUAAAAAUGACAGACUUCAAGACAAAAGUUAUUAGGAACAACACAUAACGGCUCUGUCCGUUGUUUCGUAUAAAAUGUUCAGAUCUGCGAAGAAUUUAUGUGAAAAGAUUAUUGUAUCUUACUGUACUUAAUCAAGCUUUCUCAAUUAUACACGUAACAAAGUAUGAAAUGGGAAAAUUAUUUUAAAGAAUACGACCGCGGCAUAUUUUAAGUACGUUAUCAAGAAUUUUUAUGACCGACUGAGCAAAUCAAUGAAUAUCUGUCAAAUAAGCGAGUCUGUGGGUAGUUCCAGAUUUCAAAGCACUUGUGCUAAGAACUACUUCACAAAGUUCCCAGUUAUGGUGUACGAUACGGAACAAGAUUAAAUUCGGCACAGAUCCUUUCUUACAAUAUUCCUGCAUCAAAACUGCCAUCGAAGCAGCACUAUAGGAGUAGAGACAUACAUCUGACUCAGAAUGGAUUUUUUGAAGACUUAAACCAACUUUUGACUUCGUUUAUUAUUGUGAAUUAUUAGAGGAAAAGAUAAGAAGAAAAAAGAAACAACAGCAUAAUUUUGCUAGAGAAAAAAGAAUGCUAUUUCCAUUCAGAUGCAUGCUACAAAACAGUAGUUACACACAGAGCCAAUUACAAUCAGUGUUGAUAUGUAAUUUUGACAAUUAAAUACAGCAAUUAUUUUUCUUCAAAUGGAGAAAAUAUUUGUUUUCUAACAAUAACCGAUUAGUGAUAAACGGUUAUGUUAAAUCACAAGAGCUUUUCAUAGUUUUAUGUUGUGAGGCUGAACGGUCUGUUCUGUUACAAUUCGUGAAAUUGGUUAAGUACCAGAGCUGAACAUCCAAUCACUCUCGUCGCUGCUAUGUACGCAAAUAAUUCCGUAUUCAUACAUUAUGUUAACUCACACUACAAAUAAAGUACAUCACUGAAUUUUAGUUUUUUUAAGUCUAAAUUGCCCCUAAGUGGUUGUUCCUACAGAUAUUUACAUAAAAUGCAAAAUAACGGCUUUUCGUUCACUCUCAUUAUUUGAAGUUGUGACUCUGUGAUUUGGUCUCUACGCACUUCGCAGUUCAUAUUUGUACAAGAGCAGUGAAGACAUCCCUGGAAUAAUGGAUGGCGGAAAUUACUUGAUAAUGAAGAACGUCACAUGAUCGCUGAGUGGAGAAAUUUUCGUCUUGACAAGGAGGGGAAGAAAGGUGACAGAACUGUCACUUUUAAUAGAGUUGGUAGACUGUAAAGUGACAACCUGACUGUAAAAUUAGUCACAGGAUCUUCACAGGACAAUAAACGGUAAGAAGUAUUCUCUUAAUCAAUAAGAAAUUUCAAGCACAUCACACUGGUACUGUUAAUUAGCACAGAUAUGAUAUUCACAUGCAUAAAUGACAUUUACAUAUCAGCAAUGACUUUGAUAAAACAUUAAACAUCCAGACUUUUCGAUGUUGGUCUUCUGGGUUGUAUGGACUUGUAGAUAGAUUCCCAGGAAUUCCUUGAAGAUGGGGACUGGAUUCCUCCGACAUGUUGAUAUUUAUGCACAUGUCCAUACGGCG